GGGGAAGAAAAAAGUUUAUAAAGGAAUUGAAGGUUAAUAGACUCAUAGCAAAGUGGAACAUCAGAGAGACAUCAUUACCCUGCUGGCUCAUUCAUGGAACUUGAAAUCUUCCUCAUGGUUUUCCUAUGUAGCUGCUCUAAUGGUGACCUGGUCAGCUCAAAGAUACGGCAGAAAAGAGGAAUCAUUCAAUUAUCUGGAGCCAUUCACUGUGGAACUGGCAGGUCUUCUCUGUCGUAUUUAGGAUAUGGAUGUUACUGCGGCCUAGGGGGACAAGGAACACCAAAAGACAUGGCAGACUGGUGCUGCUAUAAACAUGACUGUUGCUAUGGAUAUGCAGAACAUUUUGGCUGCCAUCCUAAAAGCAAUGCAUACAACUGGAAAUGUGUCAAAAACUACAUCAAGUGUGAUUACACAAGGGAUUUGUGCCAAACAAUACUGUGCAAAUGCGACAAAAACUUAGCAAAAUGCCUACAGAAAGCACCUUAUAAAGCAAAGUAUGCUCUGUAUCCUAAUUUCUUAUGCGGGAAUGAAGUUCUACAGUGCAAGUCUAACAAUGACUGAUGGAAAGAAAAGAAGUCCAUUCUACAGAAACGUUAACAUUUCCAAAAAUAUCAUUGGUUGUAGAAAACAAAUGUGUCUCAAUACUCAAAACUGACAGUAGCUGCCAUGAGUGACCAAAUUCUCUCCGUUAUAGUGAACCUCCCCAUAGAAGCCAGAAUGAUUCAGUCCAUCUAUGUAUUAUUGAGCUGCCAUCUGAAUUUCCAGCAUGUAACAUUACCUUUCUCUUGCAAAAUACAUAACUAGAAAUUAGGGCUCCCAUUCAUAUUAGAGAAAAAGUCAGCCAAACCCUUCAGUUUUGGCAGGACGGGUGGACUGUCUCCUGACCCAACUGUCCACCAAGAUUUGAUGUCAUGGAAGAGCAUGAUAGGACAUACAUUUCAACAUCCAAUUGUUUAGGUUUCCCUAGAGAUAACUUGUCGUCAGAGCAGUCUAGCAGCACUCUGCAGGUCCCGGCUGCUAUCAGCCCGCCGGAAAUGGCCGACUUCCGCAAUCGGCCAUUAACCCAGUACCUGCAUUAACCCCUCAGAUGCUGUGAUCAAUACAGAUCCCGGUAUCGGCGGCAAGCGCAUGUUAAAAUGGAUGAUCGGAUCGCCCGCAGCACUGCUGCAGGGAUCCGAUCAUCUGUAAUGGCGGCCGGAGGUCCCCUCACCUUCAUUCAUAUUAGAGAAAAGUCAGCCAAACCCUUCAGUUUUGGCAGGAUGGGUGGACUGUCUCCUGACCCAACUCUCCACCAAGAUUUGAUAGGAUGAUAGCAUGAUAGGACAUACAUUUCAACAU